GAGGACCUCGACGAGAAGUGUCAUGACUGAGGCCAUGAGGGAAGGCCUUGCUAAUGAGCCAGUUGCUGUUGCAGCAUACAGCAGAGUGAAGGAUGAUAAGAUAAAUAUUUAUCCGUCUGGUAUUGUCAUCAACCCCAAGUGUUCCUGGAUGGCUGCCUCACCAGACAGGAAGGUGCUUGACCCAAGCACCAUUCCACCAUUUGGCCUCCUGGAAAUCAAGUGCCCUGACCUUAGUAACAAGGACAUCCAAGAUCUACAGUACCUGACCAUGGUCAAUGGUAACCUUUGCUUAAAGAAAAAUGACAACUACUAUCACCAAAUACAGAUGCAGCUAGCCAUGUCUGGCCUGGUGUGGUGUGAUUUUUUUGUAUGGUCAACAAAAGCCACUCAUUUAGAGAGAAUAUACUUCUGCAGAGAUAGCGGGCAGCAAACUAAAGACAAAGCUGAUAAGUUCUACUUUGAUUAUAUCCUAUUCUAAAAUUAUCUUGUAAAAAUAUGUCAUUAUCUCCGUCCACCAGGUACUAGUAACUACAGAAUAAGAAAUCAGAAACUUAUUAAGUGUGAUAGGUAUUGUUUUAAUACUGGCCAUUAGACAACGAUUUGUCACUUGUUUUACAAGUAUUUGACAUCACAGCUUGAAAAACAAUUGUAAUGACCAUUCAUAAUGUCAUGUAACAUCGUUAACUAGG